GGCCAUUAUGCUCUUACGGCGGCGGAGGAAGGAGAGUUGAUUGCCAAAUUUUCUGUCUCUUUUUCUGAUUGGAUUGCAGGAACUCCUGGAAUCUUGCGGAGCGCGGACUGAGCUUUCCUAACCAAUCACAGACCCGGCACUUUUGAAUUUUCAGCUUGAUUCAAGCGCGCGCUGUGUCUUCCGUGCUCGGUCGAUAGCAGCUGUAACCCCAAAUCUUGGUCUGCUUCAAACUGAAACGGAGGAGGGAACUAUUGAACUUUUAUACUAGUGUGCAGUAUUUAAUCGGGGCUACUGAAUGAACUUUUAAAGCUUAGUGAGGAUCCCUCUUGGAGGAUUUUCAAGUAACCACCUUAUUGCUAUCUGAAAUUGGAGCCCAACUUGAAGCUUUUAAUAUUUUGGUGGGGGAAAUGGCCAUGGCAGCUGGGGGUCUCCUCAAAGAGCUCUGUGGUGAAACUACUUGUCCCAUUUGCCUGGAGUAUUUCAAAGAUCCAGUGAUCAUAGACUGUGGGCACAUUUUCUGCCAAGCUUGUAUUACCCAGUGCUAUGGCCAGUCAGACACAGACACUUCUUGUCCUCAGUGCAGAGAAACGAUUCAGGCAAAGAAUGUCAAACCAAUCCGACAACUGGCAAAUGUUGUGGAACUCGUCAAGAAACUUCAGGAGGGAAAAAGAGUGGAAGAAAAGAGUGGAAUGUGUGAGAGGCACCAGGAGCCCUUGAAACUCUUCUGCAAGGAUGACGAAGCCACCAUCUGUGUGGUGUGUGACAAAGCCAAAGAGCACAGGAACCAUGAGGUGAUUCCUUUGGAGGAGGCUUAUGAAGAGUAUAAGGCACUUCUGGAACCAUACCUGGGUAUUCUGGAGGAGCUUUUGAGGGACACCACUGAUGAUGAAUCUUAUCAGCGGAAGGAGAUUGCCGUGCUGGAGAAGUGUACUGAAGACACUUUGAAUCACGUUUCCAAUGAAUUUGAGGUUCUCCACCAGAUCUUGGCCCGGAAGGAACAAGACAUUAAGAAGACUGUGGAGGAGAUGAAGGGCGAGAACCUGGAGAGGAUGGAGGAUGCUCUAAGCUUUCUUGAAAAAGCCACAUUGUCAUUUACUCAGUUAAUUGCCAAGGUUAAAGCUGCACUAGAAACCUCAGACCGCAUUGCCUUCCUCAAGGGAUUCAGAGAGCUGAUGGAUGAACUCAAGAAGUACCCACAGAGUCGAGAAGUAUCCCAGGAGGAAGCUGAGGAGAACGGCAUCUGUGUGAAGGAGGAGGAGUCUGAUGAAAAGUCUGAAAAGGCAACUGAACAUAGAGAGGAAGCAAAGGAAGGUGUGGAGGAUGAUGUGGAAGAUGAAGAGGAUGAGGAUUAUGAUGAUUAUGAAGAUUAUGUGUCUGAUGAAGAUGAAGAUUAUGUGCCUGAUGAAGAUGAAGAAGAGGAGUCCGAAAAUGAUAAUGUGAUACCAGUGGAACCAAUCCUCGAAGAAUUCAAGGACUCAUGGAACUUUCAGGCUUUGAAGGAAAUGUUAGAAAAAAUCAAAGCCACCCCAUCAUUCAAGCCACCUGCCUCUGCUGUUGGCGGCUCUGUUGGCUCACCUGCCCAUCCCUCUGGCCUAGAUAUAGCAAGUAGCAAUGGGAGCAAGGCAAAGCAGUGACACACCUGUUUACUUGCCUGCCCUUGAUCCCUGGGCAGCAAUUGGGAUUUGGCUCAGUGUGCAAGUGUGAGGAGGAAUUGGCCCGUUGGGUGACAGCAUGUCCAAGGGCUCUUCCUGAAGCUGUCAUUGCUUUCUGAUUGAUUGAUUUCCUGUUGCUGACUUGAGCCAAUUUUCUUUCUCUGUGGGGCUAUUGGAAGACUCUGGCUACAAAGGCCUCAUUAGCAAAGGGCUCUCGUUAGGUGCAAACAAAAUGUGUGUCCAUUCACUGAAUGCUCUCUAGAUUUUCCUUCAUUAUGGUUUCAUAAAUAAAAUUAAAGCUUAAAGUCA